AUGGAAGAUAUUGAUAGAAUUGAAUUAUCAUAUCAAUUAUUAUAUAAUUUAAUUGGAUUAAAUCCAUUUAAUAAUGAAUUAAAAUCAGGAAUAUUUAGUGGAUUUUGGGGAACACUAUUCUCAUUUGAUGAUAAUAAUUAUUUAAACCAAAAUGAUUUUAAUAAAAUAUUUUAUGGUUUAAUUCAAGAUAUUGAACAAUUAAUAAAUGAAAAAAUAAAUGAUGAAAUUAUAAUAUUUUUAAAUAAUAAUUUAUAUAGUUUACAAGAGAAUGGAAAUAAUUUAUGUGAUUUACUAAAAAUUUGGGAAAUUAGAAAUGUUGGUAACAAAACUAUUAAAUCAAUUAUUACAAAUUAUAAUUCAAAAACUAUUAAUUUUCAAGAAUUUUCUAAAUUUUCAAAUGAAAAUUUAAAAUUAAAUAUUAGAAAUUAUUAUUCAAAAUUAAUAAUUUUAUUAAAUGAAUAUAGUGACUUUUAUUUUAAACCUGUUUCAUCACUGAUACAAUCAUCUUCAUCGUCAUUAUCAUCUUUUUCAACUUCAACUUUUUUAAAACAAAUUUUAAAAUUAUCAACUUUAAAUAUGUCAAUAUAUAGUUGUUUAAAAAUUGAUUAUAUUAAUAAUGGUAAUGAAUGGGGAUUUAGUAUUGACCCAAAAAAGAAAAAACAAUUACAAAAUGAAUUUCGUAAUGAAAUAAUAAAAUUUCAAAAUAAUUUUGGAUUUUCAUUUUUUCAAUUAUUGUCAAACACUAAUGAAUAUAAUAUUUAUAAAUUGAAAACAACAAUAAACAAUACUUUAAAAAAUGUUUCAAGAUUUAAUGAAUUGGAUUAUUUAAAUUAUAAAUAUCCAAUUAAAAUUAUUUGUGCAAAAAAAGAUGAAAAAACAAAUGAAAAUAAUUUAAUAAUAAAUAAUUUUAAUGAAGAAUUAUAUAUUUUUAAAAUUCAACCAAAGUCAUUAAUGUAUUGUAUUAAUAAUUACAAUAACAACAACAACAACAACAACAACAACACAACUAAUAAUAAUAAUAAUAAUCAAGAUGAAUUAAUAGAUCAAGUAUCUGGUUUAAUUCCUUUUUUUUCAUCAAUAAAUAAAAAUGAAAUUUUAAAAACAUCAAUAUCAUUUAAUGGAGAAAAACAAUUUAAUCAAAUUUCAAUAUUAAUUCAUUGUUCAAAUGAUUUUAAAUUAAAUGAAAUUAAUUUAAAUAAUAACAAUAAUUGUUUAGAAAUAGAGAGUGAAUUAUCUUUUUUAUUAUUUAUAAAUUCAACAUAUUCAAAAACAAAUCAAACAAAAUUAUUUCUAGAAAAAGUUAAUAUUAAAAAAUUAAAUAUGGAUUCUUUUAAUAAUGAUAUAUUAAAUAGCAAUUCAUUAAUUAAUAAUAAAAAUAAAAUGUACUAUGGAACUAAAAAAUAUGACAUUAACCCAGGAUUCCAAAUGGAUAAAAUUAUUUUUGAAAUAAAAGAUAUAAAAGGUGAUAUUGUAAUUGAUAACAUAGAAAUUUCAUUUCAUUUUGACAAACUUUUCCAGUAUGUUAAUUAA